AUGACCAACUUGUUCAAUUAUGUUGCAAGUUUGUAUCCUUAUUGCAUGUUUUAUUAUGUGAUGCUUAUUGAUAAAGAUGUCAUGCUUCUUCAUAUUCCAUUCCAUGGAUGGAUGCUCAACUUGUUUAGUUAUGUCGAAAGGGAUGAAGGAUGUGAGAAUGAUGUCUUGAUGGGCUCACUAAAGUCAAAAUCCAAGGAUCACUUCACCCUCGACGGGGUCUCGCUCUCCGAGACCGAAGAUCUAUCGGAAUUCUACCAAAAGUAUGUUGGGUCCAGGAUUGAGGGAGUGAGAUUGGGGGCUAAAUGCACUAUCAUGAUGUAUGGGCCCACGGGAUCGGGUAAGAGCUACACGAUGUUUGGGGGGAUGAAGGAGCCCGGGAUUGUGUAUCGGGCUUUGAAGGACAUGUUGAGAGCUGAGGGGGAUGAUGAGGGGGGAUUUGGGUUGGGGUUUUUUGUAAAGGUGACUGUUUUGGAGAUUUAUAACGAGGAGAUUUACGAUCUUCUUUCGGGGAAUUCGAAUGGGAUUGGUAUUCCGAAGGGAAGCCAGACUCCAAAGGUGAAGCUGGAAGUUAUGAGCAAAAAAGCAAAGAAUGCAAGUUAUAUCUCUGGGAAUGAAGCGGGAAAAAUAUCAAGAGAGGUCGCCAAAGUUGAGAAGAGGCGAAUUGUUAAGAGCACAAAUUGCAACGAACGAAGCUCAAGGAGCCACUGUUUGAUAAUCUUGGAUGUUCCAUCUGUGGGGGGGAGGUUAAUGCUUGUUGACAUGGCAGGAUCAGAAAACAUAGAGCAAGCUGGGCAAACUGGAUUUGAGGCAAAAAUCCAGACAGGUAAAAUCAACCAAGGAAACACAGCAUUGAAAAGAGUUGUUGAAUCAAUUGCAAACGGCGAUUCUCAUGUACCAUUCAGAGAUAGCAAGCUAACAAUGCUUUUGCAGGAUUCUUUUGAGGAUGACAAAUCCAAGAUUCUCAUGAUUUUGUGUGCAAGCCCUGACCCUAAAGAGAUGCACAAGACAAUAUCUACUCUCGAAUACGGGGCUAAAGCUAAGUGUAUUGUCCGUGCAGCUCACGUGUCAACUCCAAAGGAAAAGGCAAUGCCUGACGAAUCAAGCACACUCCUAAGAUCAAGAAUUGCAGCGAUGAAUCAGUUCAUCUACAAGUUGCAAAUGGAGAACAGACUCAGAGAAAAAGAACGCGAUGAUGCACAAAAAGAGGUAGCAAAGAAAGAGGAAGAGAUUCUCGCAGUUAAGUCUAAGCUUAAAGUGAUAGAAGCAAAGGUGUCAUCCCUAAAAGAAGAAGAGAUUGAAUCCAAGGUUGAGGAGAGGACCCAAAUGAUGAGAAUCGAGCUAACAAGAAUGGAAGAAAAGAUGCUGAGACAACAAGAAGAACUUAAUUCUUUAAGGCAACAGUUGGAGAAAAUUGAAUUAGAAAGGGGAAAUGCCAAUGAAGAAGCAUUAAAAGAUAUAGAUGGAGGCAAGUUCAUGAAGAAGCUAUCAGAAAUUUAUGGUGGAGAUCAAGGGAUGGAGAAAUCUAUGGAACUUGAUAUGGGGGAUUUACCAGUGACUCAUGAUGUAAUGGAAAUAAAGGAGAAUUUCCACCAGUUGAAUCCUCAAUAUUUGGGUGUUGAGGAUGAGGAGGAUAUUAAUGCUAUGAGAUUCCCUGAUAGAGUAUGUUUGAGCACUGUUUUUGAGAGGGACGAUGAAGGAGAUGAUAGAGAUAGCACUGAAAACUAUGAAGUUGAUAAGGAGGUUAUAGAAGAGAACACACCAAUGCUCAUUCAUAAUGGUGACAAUUCUAAAGAAGCAAGAAAAACGCGAAUUCAGAACAUUUUUAGGCUUUGUGGUAACUAUAGGGAGUUAUCACAACAAGUUAAAGUUAGGACUCCAACAAAGACUAAUGAAAAUGAAAAUGCUCGUGCAUCACCUUUGGGAUUGAAGGAAAGUCCAAUUUCUUCACUUCUUGCUCCACUCUCGUCACUUCACAUCGCAGAUGAGAAUAAAUGUGUUUCUCACUCUGAAACAAUAGAAAAUUUGAAGGAAAAUAGUGAGCCUGAUGGAAUGAUGGAGGUUUGUGUGAAAUGGGAAGCUUCAAAAGAAUUUGGCGGGAAAAUUAUCAAGAAGAUGAAAGUUGUGAAGGAUACCACUCUCUCUGAUUUGAGGAAGCUGAUUGAAGUUCAUCUUGAAGAGGAUAAAAACAAGCAGGCAUUCACUUUUCUACUACUUGGGGAUCCUACUGGAGCUCCAGUCACCAAAGAAAAAGAAGCAACAGUUCCAGUCUGCAAAUUGCCAAUUUGCAACAACCUAUCAAGCACUCAUCUCGCCUGCCUACGUCCGAUCAAGAAAUCAGCAAAUCGGCCAAAUCAUGCUCCAUUUACUUCUCUGGAGAAUACACUUCCAAUUGCUGGACACGUCUAGUCGAAGUCUCUGACACGGGUUGUGCAUGUUGUUUUAGCCAGUCAUAUAAAUCUUAUUGUAUUUCUGGAUGUAUUUCGUGCAUAGCUGUCAAUGAAAUUCGUGGGUUGCUACUAGUACUUUUGACAGUUAUAGUUAAAGAUGUGUUCAAACUAGUAUUUUGCA